GAAAGCUUAGGGCGGAGCUUAGCGCGCGGGAGACUUGACCCGGAGGCGGAGAGAACCCAGCUGGUCAGAUGGCGGUAACUUCCUCCUGGUGGUUCAGCAGCUCCGCCGAAGAAGGGAGCCAACCAAAGCGAUGGUGGAAGGGCCAGGAUGCAAACUGAAUGGCGAGAAAAUCCGGGCCCAGGUGCGCCCGGGUCAGGUGGUGACGGGUAUUCGAGGAGGCGCGCCGCAGCCGCCCCGGGUACCCUGCCCUGCAGUUUGCCCCGGGGCACCUGGAUCCCUUUCUUGGACUGCUCCACUGAACAGUAAUAAAGAUUCCUGUUGGAAUUUCCCAGGACUGCUUAAUGGAUGUGUUUACAGUGGUGUGGAAACUUUGGGGAAAGAGCUUUUUAUGUACUUCGGGCUAAAAGCUUUAAGAAUUCACUUCGGAAUGAAUGGCUUUGUCCUGAUUAAUCCACUCAAGAGUAAAAAUCAAACAAAAACUCCCCCUGUUUUUGAAGUCCAACUCACCAAAGAUUUGAUUUGUUUCUAUGACUCAAGUGUAGAAUUCAGGAAUGCUAUGGAAAGCAAACAGAAGAUAAGAAUGAUGGAAGACUUAGAUGUAUGCUCACCCAAAUUUAACUUCUCAAGGGCAGAAAAUGAAGUGAAAAAGCAGAAGGACCGAAUGUUAUGUGAUGUGUUAAUGGACCAGAAUGUGUUACCUGGGAUAGGAAACAUCAUAAAAAAUGAAGCCCUCUUUGAUAGUGGACUCCACCCAGCUGUUAAAGUUUCUCAGCUAAAAGAUGAACAGACACAUCACCUUGUGAAAAUGAUACGUGACUUCACAAUCCUUUUUUAUGAGUGCCGUAAAACAGGCGCAGCUCUUUAUAGACACUAUAAAGUGUACAAACGUUCUGACUGUGGUCAGUGCAGUAGCAAGAUAACUGUGUGUCGCUUGGGGGAGAAUAACAGAAUGACCUAUUUCUGUCCUCGAUGUCAAAAGGAAAAUCCUCAUUCCAUAGAUAUAAGCAAGCUGCCCACGAGAAACAAUCUAAUUGGCUGGGCAUAUAGCAGGGGGCUGUAUUCUAAUGAAUGUGUUGCUCUGAGAGCUGAAGAGGAAUGGUCAUGUGCUGUCUGCACCCUAAUAAACAAGCCUUCUGCUAAAGAAUGUGAUGCUUGUAUGACUUCAAGACCCAACGAUACAAAGAAGGCAGAAGAUGACAAUAAUUCUGUCGCCUAUGAUAACAAUCUGAUGAAGUAUCCUUGUAAUAAUUUUGUUAAACACCAUACGGAAGUAAAGAUUAAUCGGAAGACUGCAUUUGGAAUGACUACUCUGGUUUUGACAGACCUGAGCAAUAAAUCCAGUUCUUUAGAAAGUGUCAGAAAGCCAAAUGAGAAGCCCAAUGGAGGAGUUCAAAACUCUCCUGUUGGUCACAUUUGCUUUAAUGAUGCACAGCAUCCCUCCACGGAGAAAGGCAAAGCCACAAUCCUACCACUGGAUGAAGUCAAUGGAUCAUCCACGUUUGACUCUCAAUCUAGCUUAUUAAGUCCAGCGCACAAAAAAAUGAAGACUAACCACACCUCUCCAGAGCUCAAAAGUUAUGGCACUGAAUUCUCAAGCAUGUGGAAUGCUUCCAACAGCAGAGCCAAGUCUGGCAGUGAACUUCAAGUUAAUAUGACAGAUGGGACUUACACACACACAAACCCCAUGACUUCUUUAGUGCUUUUCUAUUAUUGAGGACUUCUGCUUAACUUGGUUUUAGUUGUCUGAGCAAGGCACUUUCUCCUCUUGGGCCUCAGUCUCUAAGUAUACUAAGUUUUAUACUCUAUGAUAUGCUCUAAAUUACCACUAAAUUUUCAUAUUAGCAGUCACACAUUCAGUAGGACUUGAGUGUUUAUCAAUACAGAAAUUCCUUCCAGUGAUGCAGAUUACAGCUCAUCCAGGUCUGCUGAUUUUCUGUGGCAUUAAGCUAUAACCUAAAAAUAUUUUGCAGCAUGGAUUAUGCUGAAUUUUUGUUAGAAAUGGAGAGUUCUCUCACUGUAGAAAACUUGGGAGCCAUUGAAGUAUUAUUCCUGUUCAUAGCACCAUUCCAAAAGACAAUGGUAAAGCACAAUUUAGCUUAAGAUGUAAAAUAUAUAAAGUUGAUUAUGGUAUUUACUAUUUUUUAAAUGUAGCAAUUCUGAGUAAAGUCCCUAUGAACAUUAGAGAUAAAAAUUUCAUCUUAGUAUUAUCAUCAUUAUUAUUGCUGACUUUAUUUUUAAAGGGGUAGCUCCCUUUGAAUUUUUUUUUAACCUUUAGCUUUAAUAACUGGGAAGCAGUAUUUCCCUCUGACUGAUCCUAUAAAAGACUAAGUAAGCUAUUAAAAUGGCAUUAUAAAAAGAUAUAAAAUAUUUAAAAAUAAAGAAUCAUAUUAUAGUGAAGAUAUCCAUUUCAAAGAAAGUAUUCUUCAAACUGACAUAAGAAAGACCUUCUUUGGGUCUUUCCUUUUCUUCCCUGUAUGUAUAUAAGACCUCCAGAUAUGCUUAAUCAUAAUGGCAAGGAGAAUGAAAUUCCAUUACUUUGUUUUAUAAAAUAUCCAUCUCUAUUCCUCUUGCCAGGCUUUUUUCCCCUGAAAUAUGAUUGGUGCCAUUGUUGCGGACUUGAUCAAGAAGCGCAGAAAAUUGCCCUUAAUUAAACAAUAAAGAGGAUAUUCCCUGUGGUUGCUAAGAAAUAUUUAUUAGAGUUUACUAUUAGGUGAAAAUGUUAUUACAAAAGAUUAAAGAUUUUCUUUUUUUUUUUCUUGUGGGCUUUGAGGGAAGCAAGAGACAAAAAAUGCUUGAUAAUUGGAAAAAAUAAAAAUUAACCUAAGAAAAAAGAUUGAAAUUGUGACUACUUUAGGGUCAAAGUAAGAGAGAACAGAAAUUGAGAACAUUUUAAAGUUGGUAAAAAUAGCAACAUCUUAGUGUGGGGCAGGACAAGAAAAAAGAGCAUAAGAAAAUGAAGCCAUUAUCAUGUCUUGGAUGAAAAUUUUAGUCAUGGCCUUGCUCUUCAGAAAUACUCAUUAUGGCCUUUGGUUAUAGAAAACUCUUGGUGAUAGUGAAAAUCACCUACAAAAUGGCAUAGCAACGACUUAUGCCAUUUUCAUUCUUGACUAUGGUUGACCAGAGGUCCAUUCCUGACCAUCAUUUUGUUAGGAGCUGGUUUUUUGAAGGUGGGGGCAGUGGUGGUGUUAAUGAUCCCCUCAGAGUGAUUAAGCUGGCGUUAUUUUGUAACCUGU